CUGUUUAAGGAUGUUUAUUAUCAAGAAAGCAAGCCAUAAUAAAUAUUUCACAUAAAAAGUAAGCUGUAAACAAAAAACGUUAUUUGUAAAAAAAAAAGAAAUAAUGGAAGCAAUAGAGGCUAUUAACCACUUGGCACAGGAAACCUACAACAUAACGCUCAAUCGGGAGCUCUUUAUCAACGAAUGGGCCCAAGAACGCCUGAGUUUUGGGGAACCGCUUUGGCUUUUUCUCAGCCAUCGCCUUCAGCCAAACAACCUCUUCAACAUUUUCAUCCCGCUGAGCGGCAUCUUCAGUCAGGAGAUUCUCAUGCAUCUGCUAUCGGCGGUUACCCUGGUCAGCACACUGAACUCCUUCGAAAAGUGGAUCUAUCCUGAAAUGCGUCCCUUGUGGUUUCUUCGAGAGGAGUUUGCCAAUGAAAAGGUGCCAAUAAAACCGCAGGUGGCCCUGGAGAGUCAUCCACUUAGCUGCGAGACGAGUGGAGGGCUGCCCUGCGCCCACUCGAUGACCUUCACCGUGUUCGUCCUGAUCCUGGCCUCGUUCUUCUUUGUCCGCUGCUGGGAUCGCUUCGCAUCCUGGCGUUCGCCGGUGUACCGCUGCCUAAUGUAUCCCAUGAUUGUCGGUCUGGUGGUCUGCAUGUGGCUGAGUCGCCUCUACCUGGCCACAGAGUUCCUGCACCAGUGCAUCCUGGGUAGUUACUUUGGGAUCAGGGCUCUCAACACCUUCGAGGGAAAUAUCAAGUACUUAUUCUCAAGACCGCGUCGCAAUGCAGUUUGUGCUGUCUGCUUCUUGGGUGCAUUGGCUGUGGCGGUUUAUUUUGUUAAGCUUCACCUAAAUAUGGAUCCACAUUGGUCUGUGCGUCAGGCCUUCAAAUGGUGCCCAGAGCCCACUUAUAUGCGCCACGAAGCUAGUCCGAUUUUUGCACUCGUCAGAGAUCUGGGAAAUCUAAUGGGCCUUGCGCUUGCUUCGCCCCUAUAUAAGCUGGAGUUAAAACCAUCAACCUUUUGGCGGCGUUGCAGAGUCCUAGGACUUUUGGAGUUUGUCAAUUAUGGAUUGCGCUUAGCCACGGCUAAACAGUAUGGAAGAUUUGCAUUCUUGAGCUAUGAGUUUUCAAGAAACGUCCUGCACUCAUUCGUACUGCUUAAGUACGUUACGAAAUUUUACUAGACCAAUCAAAAUUUUUGCAAUUUUGU